AUGGGCAAAGCCACAGUGCUUGAGAUUGAUGGAAAGAGUCGUAUUACACAAGCGCAGGGAGUCUCGAGAGACCCAACAACCUUUGUUAGCUCUAACGGCCUGGGGGCCCACUGGGUGCUGGGACCUCCGCAGGUCAGCAAGUGCGACGACGUGUCUCGUCAAAGAAAGCCUGGACUCCCUCCCUCAGUCAAGCCUAACAUUCCAGGGCCCUUGGGUGUGUGCGUCAGGGUACGGGAGUCGCUGUUAUGCCAUGAUGAACAUCCCUGCACGUACUCCAUCUGGAAGAACUAUGUUGAAGUCUAUGCCCGGGACAGGCUUACAAAGUCUCAGAUUAUACCCAUUUAUAAUUUUGCCAAAUACUUCCAGAUUAGUUUCCAAUAUCACUACACCAAUUCUCCUGCCCACUGGACCUUGCAGGGAGUUAGAGCAAAAGAUGUGAAGGACCUCAUACCCCUGGUAAUACUAAUGGUGAUACUUUUCCUGCUGCUUCUAUUCUGGGAAAAUGAGCUGGAUGAGGAAGUAAUGGCGGCAACCUUAGAGCAGUUGCACGUGGACUACCCUCAGAGUGACGUUCCUGUAAGGUACUGCAACCACAUGAUCAUACAAAGACUCAUCAAGGAAGCCAACAACACCUGCAAAAAGGAGCACGUCUUCGUCCAUGAGAGGCCUCGAAAUAUCAACAGUGUUUGCAAUUCUCUCAGGAAGGUGGCUUGCCAAAACCAUUCCACCCUUCUCUGCUUCCAGAGUGAGACCAAGUUCAAAAUGACAGUCUGCAAGCUCAUUGAAGGCACCAGAUAUCCUGCCUGCAGCUACCACAUUUCCCCCACAGAGGGGUUUAUUGUCGUCACUUGUGAUGACAUGGGGGCAGUUAAUAUCCAGAGAUAUGAUGAAUAA